GAGCGGGACUUUCCACCUGAAUUAAACCAACACCACCGCACCAGCUGAGUCUGCUCCUUAUGACCGGAUCCUAAGGACCAGCUCCUACUGACCAGACCCUAACGACCAGCUCCUACUGACCAGACCCUAACAACCAGCUCCUACUGACCAGACCCUAGAAACCACAUCCACGCGACCAUCUCCUAGUAACCAACCUCACGUGCCAUAAUGAGCGUGAGCAGGUGUCUGCUGGUGCAGGCGGAGGUUCAGACGUUUAUUGAGCACUGCAUGCUGGCGGUGGGCACCAGACCCAGUCAUGCCCGCAGCCUGGCAGAGGUGCUGGUGGAGGGAGACAUGCGGGGUCAUUACAGCCACGGACUCAACCGCCUGGAUUUGUAUGUAAAGGAGAUCCGUGCAGGAAUCUGUGCGCAGGAGGGGGAGCCUCUGCUGGAGAAAGAGUCGUUGGCCACGGCCCUGGUGAACGGAAACAACCUCUUGGGUCCAGUGGUGGGAAAUUACUGCAUGAGUUUAGCUGUAAAGAAAGCGCGAGAAGCGGGCAUUGGCUGGGUGGUGGCCCACGGCUCCAAUCACUACGGCAUUGCUGCUUAUUAUUCCAUGCAAGCACUGAAAGAGAACAUGAUUGGAAUGUCCUUCACUAACACCUCUCCUCUAGUGGUUCCAACACGAGCUAAAGAGUGCACUGUGGGCACAAACCCCAUUAGUGUAGCAGCUCCUGCUAAGAAUGGAGACAGCUUUGUUUUGGACAUGGCAACCUCUGCCGCUGCCCUCGGAAAGGUGGAGCUUCACCACCGUAAUGGCAUCUCCAUCCCGGAGGGUUGGGGGUGUGACGCAGAGGGCCGUUUCAGUACUGACCCCAAGGCUGUGCUGAGUGGAGGAGGUCUGGUGCCGUUGGGAGGCAGCGAGAACACAGGUGGUCAUAAGGGCUAUGGUCUGGGCCUGAUGGUGGAGGUAUUCUGUGGGAUGCUCUCUGGCUCCCAAUACAGUAAAAACGUCCGCACCUGGAGAAUGACUGACCGCAGCGCUGACUUGGGCCAGUGCUUUGUGGCAAUAAACCCCGAGAACUUUGCUCCUGGAUUCAAUGACAGAAUGGCAGAUCUGCUGUCCAUGCACAGAAACCUGGCACCAGCAGAGUCUGGGAUGCCUGUUUUGGCUCCAGGAGACCCCGAAAGGAAACACAUUCAGACAUGCAGAGACAUGGGGGGCAUUCCAUACCACCUGAAAGUGGUCAACCACAUGAAUGAACUUGCCAGCACAUUAGGAGUGAGCCCCCUGCUGCCCACUCACAGACGCAUUGAGUAAGACUGCGGCCUGUCUGCUGUAACCCACCUUCACUGAGUACAGCUAUGGACCCUUCUGCUGCUUUGUUGUGCUCUUCACAUGAAACAGCAGUUAUUGAAUGAAACUUGAUUAAUCAUUAAUAAAAAGUGCUGAGGACUGCAGCUCCACCUUCUGGCCUGCCAACUAUAGACUGCUCAUGUCAGCCUGAUGAUUUAACGCUCAUGUAAGCUUUCAGAGGACUGGAGUUAUUUUGCUUAAAGGGGAAAAUUUUCUUCACAAGUCAAUUGUUAAGAUGUAAACAAAGUCGUUCAGAGUGGUUUGAUGUAAAUUGCUCUGUUGUAGAGAAACUUAACAAGUCGGAACUGUUUACAGUGGUGCUGAUAGGAACCAGACGUCUGAAGAGUUUUAUGCCUUUAAAAGCUACAUCAGAUGACCUGAAAUGGUAAUGAAUGCACUGCCGGAUGCCUGUUCUAUGAUAGUUUUGAGAUUCUUUAAGGCUACAAUGUACUUUUUAAAAUUAAUGAUGGAGCACUACAUGUAGGGUAUUAUAAGGCAAAUUAGUCCCCAAAGAAAACUUUUUUUUUUCAGAUUCAGCACCAUUUUACUAUUCUUGGCAUUACAAACCAACUCUCAGAGCACAUGUGUAGUUUUACAGGUAGUUUUAGAUCAUAAAUAAAAUGAGUCAACUUAUGUUGUGGAAAUUGUGACCAUGACCCCUGGUUCCCAUCACCACCACUGUAAAGAAAUUUGAGUCUGUAAGUUUCUCUGCAAUGAACCAUUUCACACCAAACCGCACAGAUCAGCAUGUAUUUUUUUCUCAAUUAGUGAAUGCGUUGCUAAAUAAAGUGAGUUUAAUUGUUUUUGCCCA